AUGGUAAAUAAAGCGUCAGAUAACCUAGACGGAUAUGUAAGUACAUUAGAUUCAAACGAAGACUUUGAUUUUAACCUUCUCCCUAGAAAUGAUCUGAAUUAUCAUUUUCACGAUGAUACAAACUUCAAUAGGCACUCGUCUAAUUUUUCAGAUAAAGGUGUAAAGUCAUCGUCUUAUCCAAGUUCUCAUAGAAGAAGCUCAUCGUUUGAAAGCGUUCUUGGGCAUUGUCUUAGAAACGCGACAUGUAUAACUUCUCUAAACCCAAGGUUCGCUGUAAAACUAGACAGUGUUCCUAUUCAAGAAUUAAUUGCUUCUGGAAUCUUUGAGAGUUCAGAAAGAUUUUUUAAGUAA